CUAAAAUACACCUAAAUCAACGGCCAUAAUUUCUUUAUCCAUACAUAAACAAUCAUUCCAUCCAUAUCGCUCCCAUGACUCUCUUUCCCUCCCCUUUCCUAUAUAUACACUACACCUCACUGUUUCUAUAGCUCUGUAGCUACACCAACUGCACCACCAGUCUCCUCCGCCACCACCCACCGUAAACCACCGCCGACAAUGGUCUCUUCUUCGAGACCCCUUCUACAUCUUGCAGUCGUACUCCUUGUAUCAUCAUGUAUAGCCAGCAUUACAUCUUCUUCUUCUUCUUCAAAAUCCGGACCUGCUCCGAUCGGCAAUGGCUACCGUCUGAUCUCCAUUCAUGAAACCUCCGACGGUGGACUUGUCGGUCAACUCCAAGUCAAACAGAAAAACAACAUCUACGGCCCUGAUAUCCCUCUUUUGCAGCUAUACGUCAAGCAUGAAACCGAUGACCGUUUAAGGGUACACAUUACCGAUGCACAGAAGCAAAGAUGGGAACUACCGUACAACCUCUUACCACGACAACAACCGCCGGAGACGCCGUCAAAACAGACAAAAACCCCCGCCACAACGACGGAAUUCGCCGGAAGCGAGUUGUUAUUCAGCUACACCGCAGACCCAUUUUCGUUCGCCGUAAAAAGAAAAUCCACCGGCGAGACGCUUUUCAAUUCCGCCACCGACAAAUCCUCCCCCUACAACUCUCUAGUCUUCAAAGACCAGUACCUCGAGAUCUCAACAUCUCUACCAAAAGAUGCGUCGUUGUAUGGGCUCGGAGAGAACACACAGCCGCAUGGGAUUAAGCUCUACCCAAACGAAGCAUACACGCUGUGGACGACGGAUCAAUCGGCGAUCAACCUGAAUAUGGAUUUGUACGGAUCACAUCCGGUGUAUAUGGAUUUGAGAAACGUCGGUGGGGAGGCGAAAGCACAUGGGGUUUUGCUGUUGAACAGUAAUGGAAUGGAUGUGGUGUACAGAGGGACCUCUCUGACAUACAAAGUGAUUGGGGGUAUUUUCGACUUUUACUUCUUCUCCGGGACUUCCCCUCUUGCCGUUGUCGAUCAGUAUACUCAACUUAUUGGCCGACCUGCUCCUAUGCCCUACUGGUCUCUCGGCUUUCACCAAUGCAGAUGGGGUUACCACAAUCUAUCAGUCGUCGAAGACGUUGUCCAAAAUUACAAGAAAUCAAAAAUUCCACUCGAUGUAAUUUGGAACGACGACGAUCAUAUGGAUGGACACAAAGAUUUCACUCUCAAUUCCCGAAACUACCCUCGUCCAAAACUCCUUAACUUUUUGAACAAAAUACAUUCUCGUGGCAUGAAGUACAUUGUCAUUAUCGACCCUGGAAUUGGUGUAAAUUCAACUUAUGGUACUUACCAACGAGGUCUAGCUAACGAUGUUUUCAUCAAAUACGAAGGAAAACCCUAUCUGGCCCAAGUCUGGCCUGGGCCAGUUAACUUCCCGGAUUUCCUCAACCCAAAGACCGUAUCCUGGUGGGUUGAUGAAAUCCGAAGGUUCCACGAACUCGUCCCUGUGGACGGGCUCUGGAUCGACAUGAACGAGGCUUCGAAUUUUUGUUCAGGCCUCUGCAAAAUUCCACAAGGGAAACAAUGCCCCAGUGGAACCGGGCCGGGUUGGAUCUGUUGUUUGGAUUGCAAAAACAUUACAAAAACAAAAUGGGACGAGCCCCCAUACAAAAUCAACGCGUCCGCAACAUCUGUCCCGAUCGGAUACAAAACUAUCGCAACUAGCGCAGUGCACUACAACGGCGUCCGGGAGUAUGACGCACAUAGCAUAUACGGAUUCUCCCAGACUGUUGCCACACACAAAGGCCUGCAAGGCCUCCAGGGCAAACGUCCUUUUAUACUUACCCGAUCCACGUUUGUUGGAUCGGGUAAGUAUGCAGCCCAUUGGACCGGCGACAAUAAAGGAACAUGGGAUGAUCUAAAAUACUCAAUCUCCACCAUGUUGAAUUUUGGUAUAUUUGGGAUCCCGAUGGUUGGCUCAGAUAUCUGCGGGUUUUACCCUGCGCCAACCGAAGAGCUUUGUAACCGUUGGAUCGAAUUGGGUGCGUUUUACCCGUUUUCAAGAGACCACGCGAAUUACUAUUCACCAAGACAAGAACUUUACCAAUGGAAGUCGGUUGCUAAAUCGGCAAGAAAUGCAUUAGGUAUGCGGUACAAGCUGCUUCCUUAUUUGUACACUUUGACUUAUGAAGCUCACACAACCGGUUCACCCAUUGCUCGACCGCUUUUUUUCUCGUUUCCAAGUAUAACCAAACUUUACAAUGUAAGCACACAGUUUUUGCUCGGAAGUAGCCUAAUGGUGUCGCCGGUUCUUGACAAACAUCAAACCAAAAUCAGUGUCAUGUUCCCAACUGGAACUUGGUAUAAUUUGUUUGAUUUGAGCAAAGUGGUUGUCGCGAAAGAGACAGAGUCUUUCUCCAUGGAUGCUCCCUUGCACGUGAUUAACGUCCAUUUAUAUCAAAACACGAUUCUUCCAAUGCAAAAGGGAGGAAUGAUAACACGAGAAGCAAGAACGACGCCGUUUACCUUGAUUGUGACUUUUCCGGCUGGGGCCACGGCGGGGGAGGCCAAAGGAAAGGUUUAUGUCGAUAAUGAUGAGCUGCCGGAGAUGGAAUUGGGAAACGGUCAGUCAACUUAUGUUGAGUUUAGCGCAAAGGCUGUUAACGGAGUUGUGAAGAUAUGGUCGGAGGUUCAAGAGAGUAAGUUUGCUCUUGAAAAAGGUUUGGUUAUCGAGAAAGUAACCGUGGUUGGGUUAACAGGGGUUAAAGGGGAAGUUUCGGUAGAGGUGGAGGGUAUUAUGGGAAUUUUGGAUGUUUCGAAGGUGGAAUUGGUUGAAACUGAGCAUAAGUUUUUAGAUGAGUUGAAAGGGAAGGGUGUUGGGAAGAGCAAAAUGGUUGAGGUUAAGGGGUUGAAUAUACCAAUUGGUAAACAAUUCUCGAUAUCAUGGGCAAUGAGAAUUGAUUAAAUGUUGAGGGGUCAAUUUGAAAAUUAUGGUGUUCCUUUUUGUAAUUUCCGUAAUUAUUUGUUUCAAGCAGAUAUCCUUUUAAAUAUUUUGUUUCUAUUUUA